GAGAGACUUACAGGAGAAUUAGGUAAAUGGCAUACCACUAGCCAGGUGAGAGACACUUUACCCUCGAUAUUAACAUUUCCGUCGCCGAUCCUGUUCACCAGAACCGGCAAAGCACUGCUGCCUGUGCUGUUUGGUCUGGCAACACUCCCCGCGGGGAAAAUAAUAUCAUGUUGUCUAGAAAUUACACGAGUGUCUUCAGGUACAGACGGUUGUCUGCGGCGGUACCUGUAUUCACCUGUGUUGAGGUAAGUAGAUAGUGUGGCGGCACGACCCAGCUAUCACAGCGGGCCCUUGCAUGUAGCUUGUGACCAAGGCGGGGUUGCCCAACAACCAGGUACGCCAGGUAAAGUUGUCUCUUGGCUGUCGACCGAAUCGCACCUGUGAUUUGUGACGAGAUUGUUUGAGCAGCGAAACCAAUUGUUACCUGAGUCGGUUGUCACUUGUCUGUCGACUCCGAAGGACUUAAGAAACUUCAGUUCUGACCGUCGCAUUCUGCAGCGCCAACACACACAACAGUUAUGGCUGCCACAGAGUCGGGGGCACCACUUCCAGGCGUUUCACCACCUCGCUGAAGAAGAAGAAACCAUCAUCCGAUAACGAUUAUCAGGAACUUUCUUCGAAGCCCAGCAAUAAUUUUUUCGGACUUUUGUUUUGUGGGUGGACGAACUCGCAUAAUGUACGGCGAGAUACACAGAGAAAGUGUGAGUAGAAAAAGUGGACCGGCGUGGUUUGUGGGGAGAUAAUUCCCACAUCUCGUCGUCGCUGACCUUUUUGCACCCGUCCGUGGGCGGGGCAGACCCCGUGAGGUCAUAUUACCAACAACGAAGCAGACGCCAAAAUGGACGAGAAAAGAAAAUUUGGAAGACUUCAUACGAUAAUGGAGGAAGGUCAUCCCUCACCCGGAAGAAUGAAUGGACACGGACCCGGGCGUGGACUGGCUGGCGGGGCAGGUGGUGCCAAGGGAGGCAAGCUGCAGCAUGACCACAGUUCUGUGCCCAUGCUGUGCAUCCAGUCCGAGACGCCGGUGCCCAACUCAACCCAAACCCCCGGCUCUCUGAAAACCAUGGGGCUAGGGGGAGGCGCGGAGAACCUGCCAGCCCUGUCGAGUGCUCGUUCCCUCAUCAACGGAGGGGUGCCCUCGCCGCAGGCCUCCCCCCGCUUUGGACAGGCUGCUGGCCCGGGAUUCGAACAGAAGCAGGUGCCGGCCAGCAAUGGUUUCCACCGCACCGCCGGGGCUCACUUUACACGUGUACAUCCGGGUUUUGCGGGCAAACCCGCUAGAACAGAGGUGAGCAAUGGUAUGUACGGGCCUCAGAUCAUCCCUCUCAACCCGCGCCAGGCUAAUGGCCAAAUCCACAACCACCAGCAUCACAACCAGCACCACAACUACAACCACGGCGUCCGACAGAUGGGCGGCGCCCAGCAGCCCUCACAUCUUCGGUCGGCCAUGAUUGAUCUGGCAGCGAGCGGCAGCAUGGUCGCCGAGCAUCUCCACCUGCCCACCCAGAGGCUACAGACGCACACCCCGACCCCGAGCGAAAUAUCCAGCAUCACGGCGCGCUCUGUCUCCUCACCCCGUCAGACCAUCAACACCCCGCUGUCCCUGACCUCCGACCGCGCCUCCCUGUCCACCCCGGGUACCUUCAGCAACAGCGGCACGGCGGGUGGAGGCGGUGCGGACAGACACGUGUUCCUAGAGCCGCUGCCGAAGCAGCAGGAGUGGCAGCACUUCAAGACCUUGCCGUCCGUGGCGACGCCGCAUGGCGCUGGUUCUGUCGCGAGCGGCAGCGAGAUGGAGCAAAGCCUGCACCUGGGCGGCGUCGGAGGCGGCGGCAGCAGCGGCAGCGCGGUGUCGCACUACCCGGGCAGCUGCACCCUGUCGCCCAAUCAGGGUUUCGACACCUCGCCCUUCCCCUCCCGCUUCACCACCCCCCGUCACUCCGCCAACGGACACUCACGCACCUCUCACAAGCGCGCCCUCUCCAUCUCGCCUUCUCUUUCGGACGGCCUUGACCUCAGCCAGCUGAUUCGCAUCUCGCCCACGUCCUUGACCUUGUUGAAUAACUCGCAAGGGUCCUCCUCCUCCGGAAGCCCCCAGCCGGGCCAGCCGGGCUCUUUUUCGCACAUGGUACGCAACAGCUCCCCGUACCCGCUGACGCACUGCGGAGGUCAAAGGUUCCUGGGGGCCUUCACCCCGCAACACAGUGCAUCCUUGGGGCCAAGCCUCAAGCCUGAUGGGGACAGCUUCUUCAGCAUGGGACCGCCAGAGUGCGCUGGGAGCUACCUUUCGGAUUUUAUGUCCACCAAUGCCUGUGUGGCGCGGUUCAGUGAGAUGCCUUACAUUGAGAACUCUUACGCCAACGGUUACAUGCCGACGCUGGGUCAGACAUCAGGCUUGCAACAGCAGCAACCGCCGCUGCAGAACAUGGCGACAGGCGUGCCGCACAGCACCUUUGCACCGAAUCUGGGGCUGGGCAUGGACACGGGCCAGGCUGCGGCUGUCGCCUCGGUGCCCGGCAUGUCGGUCAUGUCCUCCGUGGGCAGCAAUCUCUUAGGCAACGGCCUGUCCAUGCGGCCCCCUCCAUCCUACAUUGAGGCCGUCGAACAGCAGCAGCACCACCACCAACACCAACACCCACACCAGCACCAGCACCAGCACCCGCAUCACCACCAGCAGCAGUUGCCUAUGUCCAUGGCAGCGGUUCAGCAUCAACAACCACAACACCCACCUUCUCAUCCACAUCCCCAGCCUCAGCAGCAGCAACAACAGCCUCAGGUGAAGCAAGACUCAGUGACGGCCUUGUCCCAUUUCUUGAAUCAGCCUGAGGUCGGGGAGGAAGAGCUAGUGGGUGAGGAUGAUGGAGGGACUAUGACGUGUCAGUGGUACGAGUGCCGUCUCAAGUUCCGAGAGCAGGACGAGCUGGUGCGUCACAUCGAGAAGGCGCACAUAGACCAGCGCAAGGGCGAGGACUUCACGUGCUACUGGGCCGGCUGCCAGCGCCACGGCCGCUCCUUCAACGCACGCUACAAGCUUCUCAUCCACAUGCGCGUGCACUCCGGCGAAAAGCCCAACAAGUGCACGUUCGAGGGCUGCAACAAGGCUUUCUCCCGGUUGGAGAACUUAAAGAUUCACCUGCGGUCACACACAGGUGAGCGGCCGUACCUAUGUCAACACGACGGGUGCAACAAGUCCUUCUCCAACUCCUCCGACCGUGCUAAACACCAGCGCACACAUCAGGACACGAAGCCAUACGCGUGUAGCGUCCCAGGCUGCAGUAAGCGUUACACAGACCCCAGCUCUCUCCGGAAACACUUCAAGAACCAUAGCCGGGAACAGCAGCAGAAAAAACGAAUGAAGAAAGAUGGAGAACUGUCUCUGGGUGGAGAUAUUUUGAAUGAUUGCCUGACUAUCCACCAACUGCGUCCAGAAGGUUCGCCUAUGGAUCAUACUGACAGUGGAUUAGGCCGCUCUCCUCAUAGUUCUGUACCUGGUACUUCAUCGGACAUUUACCCCAGUAUAAAUUUUUCAAGCACACAUUCCAGUCGUUGUGGCACAGCCAGUGGUGGAGGUUCAUUGAACACUCAGCAGUCUCCUGCAAGCAUGCAGGGCUCGCCCAUGAACACCAGUACACUAGGUAUCUUGGAGGAAAGCAAUGAAAGCAUGGGAGGCUACUCACCAGCUUCGCAGAGCAUGCUUAGCCCACGACCUCUGCCCCCUAUACCUACACGCUCUCAUAUGGUUGGAAUGCCAGGUAUGCAGGGUGCUUAUGGACAGAACACCUAUCAUUAUGGACAUCAUCUUCAAGGUGGUAUGAUGGCUAGUUAUCCCCAGUCCAUGCCUAGACAGACUUACCUGCCUAAUGCUGGUCCAUACACUAGCACCAACAGCUGUCGCAUGGGUGCCAUGCAGGCUCAGCGGAUGAUGUACUCUCAGAACUUUGAUGAGCAACUGUUAAACAUCCCUCCAGAUGGAGUUCAUACAUCAUUUCCCCAACCAGGAAUGGAUUCAGACAUGGUCCCUACGGUUGAAUCUAUACAAGUUCCCCCAGAGCCUAGUGUGCAGCAAUAUCUUCAGCUCACUGCAGUCAACCGCUGUAACAGUCGAUUGUCUGCAGUGUAUGCAGAUGGAUCCACUUGAGACUGUGUAACCUUUGUUUUGGAUUUGAAGAAGAAGAAGAGGAAGAUUUUAGAAGCACAGACUUCAAGAGACCUAACAAUUACUUCAAGGACUGAUGUUGACAGUGGUGUUUCUUUUUCAAACAAAUCGGAGAUGUUAGAACUAAGUGAGACUUUUCAGCAUGCAGGCAUGUGACAGGUGGCUGUGCUUCUUGUUAUUGGCUCAUUACCUGGGCAUGAAGUGUGCGUGAGAACUAGAUCCAAAUACACUAAGUGAAAAGACGACAUUAAGUGGCUCCCCUUGUAGAUCAGGGAGUCUGCAAAAACUAAGAGGCAUCACUGUUUUUCUGUCCUUUGAGGAUCAUGUUUCAUAGAGGUGGUGAUCUCUUUACACAGAUGAACAAUUUUGAUGUGAAUGUUCAUUGUUCAAAAGAAGAGUGAUGCAUCCACAUGCAGACAUUUAUGUGCUGGUGUGCACAGGAGUACAUGAAAAGGAGUGUGUGAGUGGUUCAUGUGUCGAGGAGGACAAGAGUGUGGGGACUGUCACAACUAUGUCCCAUUAUUUUGGCUUCCUUGGUUGUCUAGAUUCUGGUGCCAGACAUGUUAUUCUGCUAAAAGCAGGGAAAGUUUGUUUCAUGGGGAGUGUUGUUGACAUGGGUCUUUCUAUAGUAUUUCAGCAUUGUCAGUAUAUGUUCAUGUUCUUGGUGUGUGUGGGGAUAGAAUAUGUGUGUGAGAGAGGAAGGAAUGGAGAAUAUUUGUGUGAUUCCAGAAAGACCAAAGUCUUUCUACUGGGUGUAGCUUAUGUUUUAAGUUACUGUCAGCUGUUUAUACUUGCCUUAUGCUAAAUCAAAUUUGUACAAGAACUUUUGGGGGUUUCUAAACCGUUAAGAAUUGUGAUUUUAGAAGCUUUCAGGUAUUUGACAAUGUUUUAGAAAUUAAUGUUGUUGGAAAUAGCCAAAAGUAUUUUCAUUUAUAUGAUGUCUUAAUCAGCAUUCAUUUUAUCAGAUUUGCCUGCCAUCUCUGCCAGUUUAAAAGUAGUCAGGGUUAUACCACAUUCUUGUGGCCACACCGUCCAUUUUGGCAAUCUCCGUCCACCUGAAGAGUUGUGAUAGUUUUCCACACGUUGCCAGACACAACCAUAAAACUUCAAAGGUCAUUUUUGAAAUGCAGUGAAAUUCUGCAUUUAAUGCAAGUUGGUUUGCCUUUUAAAGGCACGAUCUUGCUCACCAUGUACUUAAGUCAUUGUUCCAAAACUGCCAUCUUUUCACAAGCCAUGAAAUUAAGCUUGCUUCUUCCUACAACUUGCUGUGCGAAGUAUUUGUCCUUCAUCACUUUUCUCAGGAUGAGAUGAGAGUUUUAUCUUGUGAAGAAUGAUGGCAGCAUGUAGAACUGGUGUUUCAUGCAUGCCUGGUUUAUGUCUCUAGAGGAACAGAUCUAGAAUUUUGACUUGUUUUUCCAAACUGGGAGCCAGUGCAGGUGUUUUUGGUGCUUGAUCUCUUUAAGGAGAAAAUGUGAAGAAUAUUUUGGACACUUACAAAGAAAAAAAAUGCAAAACAAGAUUUGAUCAUGCACUUUUGUAAUCAACUGAACAUAUUUUUCCAGCAUUCCAGGAAAGCAGUUUAUAAUUAUUUGUCUGGUCAUUUCAUCUUAAAUUCCUAAUUUCAGUCUAGCUGACAUAACUCAUUCAACAAAGAAACUGUCAGUCACAGGGUACUGACUUGCAGGUUACAUUGAUGCAAACAUUGAUUUUUAAGUUUACAUCUUUCAUGACCUGCAGCUUUUUGUCAUAAAUUUAGGAUCUGCUGACGCAUGGAUCCAAUGCCUUGAAGUAUAUUGAGAUGUUAAUAAGUGUGCCUGAGAAAUAUACAAGUGGUGUCAAGCUGCUGCUUUCAAAUUAGCCAUGUCUACAGACUUGUGCUGCUUGCCCGUCCAAAUGAACUUGCAGGAAUUCUAGAAUGAUUCUAGAUUCUAGAGUGGUUAUAUUUUUGGUAAUUUUUGUUUCUAAGUUACCAGUCGAAGGCCAAGAUCUUUGUGAUAAUGUUGGAGCUGUUAUGGUGUAAGAGAGUUUCCUUUACCUACAAUGUACAAACCUCAAUCCUAAUUAUUUUUUGUUGUUUUGGAGACCUAUUAAUCAGGUCUGCCAAGUUCUCUAUUAUUUUUUCAUUCCUCAUGUCCCUCCAUUUAGCUGUUAGAGUUUACAAACUAUAUGUGUAUUCAUAUAAAAUUUCCAAACCCAUUCCAAAACUAUGGUUUUCAUGUUGUUACAGUGUUAGCACUUUUAUAGAUUGUUUAUAGUUGCCAUGUUGUUAUUCUGAGCACAUUUUUGUUAAGUUGAAGUAAAUGCUGUAGACCAUUAUACAGUUGCAUGCACACAGUUGAUUGAUCCCUAUUGAAUUGGUUAUUAUUAGAGUUGUAUGCAUCAGAGAUGAUUGGUCAAUUUCCUAUUGUAUUUAACACUCCACCUGUUAUAUCUGCCUCUUGACAUGGGUGGGGUUGAGGACUGCAAUACAUACUUGCAGCCAGCCCAGUUUCUUGUGUUGUGUAGCAGUGCAUUGCCUAUCAUUCUGCAAAUUAUUUUGUAACUGCAUCAUGCUACUUAAAUUAUUGUAACUUUUAAAAUAACCAGUGAUUAAGCAGUUUAUUUAUCAAUCCAAAUACAAAUGUAACUUAUUUUUAUUAUUUUAAUGGGUCUUUAAAAAUAAUUUUGUAGUGUUUGUUUUUAGGAAUUUCAAAAAGAAGGUAAAUGGACUUUAAUUAUGUUGGAAGUUUGUUUCCGAUAAAUUUAUGAAGAUAUCAAAAUUAAUCAGAUAUAGUAUGAUACAUCUUAUAGAAGAGUUUUCAAUCUGACUCACUGUAAGUUGUAACAGGAAAAUUUUGGCAGACUGUACAAAAAAUUAAAGGCAGAAAAAAUCCUACAAGUACCAAAGAUUCUUUGAUCAACAUUUAUUAACAAGUGUCAUACUUAAACAGCUUCUGGUGCCUCUUGUCAUAUGAUACUGUCACCUUCCUUUUACUCUUUAUUUUUUUGUGCAUAUUUAUAACUAAUAAUUUGCUUUGCAAUAUUCUUUACUUGGAUAAACUGUGCACUUUAGUCUCCAUUCCUCCGACAUCAUAGUGUAAAUACAUGCAGGUCCCAUCUAGAGAAUGCAUUGUCAUAUUAAUUGAAAUGGUGCACAUAUUGAAGCUCAUAUGUGUUGAGCUUAGAAAAUAUUUGUACAGUUGCAAAAGAAUAAGUGUUAUCUUUCUUCAGAUUACCUGGGCGCUCCCUUUCCCCAACCACAAAAAGCCUAUAAAAUAGUUAAAUACCUUUUUUUUGUUGAUUUAUUUGCAGAAAGUUCCACUCAGACAUGUCUUAAAACUUUUUUCAAAAUAACUUGCAGGGAUCUAAAUUGAUGCUUUUACUAUUGUUUUAAAAUAGUGUAGUGCACCCAUGCAUGGGAGUUAUCUGGUCCAUCUUAACAAAAUGAAGAUGAUCCACUCAAAACCCUAAAGCAUAUGAAUGGGCAUACACACAAUUCCCUCAGUGUUUUAGAGUGCCCACAUUGUGUUCAUUGAUUUCAAUCCCGGUGUUCCAGAAGCAUGAGUUUCAAGUUCUCAUUUACAGUGACAGAGGCCGAUCUGCAAAGAGCAGCUAGAUGCACUUACAGAGAGGACAAAAAACUUGGUCUUUAAUACAUCUGUUAGCCUUUUUUUCAAAUUCAUUCCCCACCAUGUCCAUGUAGCAGUUAUGGAAUCUUACUCUAAAGCCAGUGUCAUGGAGUCUCAAGUUUCUAGCAAAUUAGUGAACUAGUGGUUGUAGUAUCAUUAAAUAGAAUUUGUAGGAUUGUCAAAGCAUCCCUCAGGUCACAAAUUUUGUAUUAGAAUUGCCUUCCUCAUAAAAAUAAAUUGUUUCUGUCAGCUACACUUUACAAAAAAUUAAUAUGUAAAUAUAUACAUUUAUUAUGUUGCGACACCCUUUGCAUGAGCAGAAAUAUUAUUUGCAUAAACGUAUUAUUUUACAUGGUGGGAUGUCAGAUACCUUGCCAGAUAAAGAGUUUAGCUAUUAAGUCCAACUAUCAUGUGAUGUAGAAAUAGUCUUGCAUCAAACUGUGAUGGUGAGAGAGAGGUGUACAUAUUAUUGUGAAAUAUGUCUUCAAAAUCAUUUUUGUCAUUUGAAAACUUCAUCUGGAGGCAACCAAGUCAUUUCAGACUGGUAAAGGACACGUCAGAUGUAGCAUUUAAAAUGUGUAGUUGCUUCAUUUGUAUUUUUUUGUGUAAAAACUCUGACAAUUCAAGUUUAGUUGUUCAGCUGACAAAAAAGAUUCAAGCAAGUUGUCAGACAAGUUGUAGUUUGAAUUUUCUACCCUGAAGUUCGCGUCCUUUUUCUCUUAUUUUUUAUGUUACCCAAACUGUGAUGGAAACAAGGAAUGUUAACAAAGGCUACUUACAAAAUAAUGCAUUGAUAAAUCUCUCUUCACAACCAUUGCCUUCUGCAAGGACAUUCCAUGUUUGUUAUACUUUGUUGUAUUUGCCAGUAAAACGUUUUUAUUCAGAUAUUUGUUGCCACAGCUGAUCCGUCUGCAGUAUAUUUCUUCUCUGACCUGAAGUUAACACAUGGUACGAAGGCAAGACUUUUUUUAAGUUACCAACUUCCACUUUUGCCUGUAGCUUAAAAAAGAUUGUGAAUAUAAAAUGUUACAUAAGAGCAAUAAUGAUUCUGUGAUAUUCAGUGGAUAAAUGCUUUUGAACUUUAAUCAUCAUCAGCUGGAUUUCACAAGUGUUGUUGGUAUCCCCAAAGAACAGUAAUUUUUCGUGUAAGAUUAUUUUCAUGUUAUCAGGUUGUACUUUUAUAGCAUACAUGCCUUCCUGUGUGUCAUCUCGAUCAUUAGAUUACCAUCUUCCUGUGUGUCAUCUUGGUCAUUUGAUUCCCAUCAUACAGCAACAGGAGUUGGUGGUUGCACCCUCAUGUAGUAUUGAAACCAUCCAGUUCUUUCAUCAUAAGCUCAUAUUAGGACCUAUUCUACUGGCCUAUUUUUAUUUUCUUUCAUUGAUCAAUAAAGACAUCUUCAAAUAGUCA